ACUGCAGCUCGCUCCCCUGCCGAACCACUACCACUACCUCCGCUUCAUGUGCAAUUCGACAGUCAGCGCUUUCUCAUUGGUUGGCCAGAAGCUUGCUUAUGUUUCUUGGUUCGUGCACGAUGUGGCGGUAGUGUCUUUCUUGGGAUAAUACAAUAUCAUGUGUUUUGAAAUUCUUUUGUUUUGUGUAAAAGCAUAAGCAGUGUAUCCGUGUGAACAGUAAUUGAUCACUAGAUCAUUACUAUUUCAUUUCUAAAACUAUAUAAUUGUUGUUAUUCUGGGGGCAACUAUAGGUUUGCAGCCGUCAGCGUAAACAGUAACUGUGGAAUUAAAAUUAUAAAAACAUGAGUGGAACACCACCUGAUUCACCUGAGGUUGAAGAAGGUAGCCCAUUUGGCGGAGCUGAAUGUGAUGAUUCCGAUCCAGAACCAGCUCAACAAAUAUCUGAAGAUCAUGAGCAAGGUGAAGAAAAUUUUCCUUUCGUCAAUGUAGCAGUAGAACUCUAUGAAGGUCCUGAUGGUGAUGCUAGUGCUAAAGAGCCUGAGCAGAACAAUGAAAUUUCUGAUGACUCAUUACCUAAAUCUCCCGAGGUGGAAAAUGUAGAAACCACUCCUGAUUUAAAUUUGCAUAUAGGAGAUGAAGAAGAAAGGGAUGAUGUUCCUGAUUCAACAGGCCCAGACAUGAAUGAGGAUUCGGCUGUCUCGGAUGCUUAUGCAACAACUGUAAUAAGAUCUGAACCCUUUGAGCCGGAUUAUAAACAACUCCAUAAGACUUAUAUAGAGGACUUCAUAUAUUCUAAUGCUUCCAGUUUCGAUGAAGGCUCAAAUUCUAAUUUUGAUGAUUCACGAGAUGAGCCUAAAGGUUCUUCUUUAUCAAAAUUUCCAAAGAUUGUAAAAGCUGUUGAACAAGCAGAAUAUGAGACUCUUCAGGUCCUUUUUCAGUUACUCUAUCAAAGGAGUGCUUGGGAUACUCAAGAAGUCCUUGCUCAUGGUAUAUUAGAAUUUUCUGGUUUUAAUUUUGGUCCGAAUAGUGAAGACUAUUUUAAUAGAGAGAUGCUUCUGCGCACUCAGCCAGAUGAAAUGCUUGCAAAGAUUGGUAUUUUACUCGGAUUAGACCAUCAAGUUCAAAAGAUGCUAACAGAUCUCCAAAAGGCUAGGCCGGAAUUAAUUUCCGGCAUUAUGUAUUUCUUAUCAAGGCCUAGCAGAAAAACUCGUUUUCUCAAAUCUGGUGUUGACCAGAAAGAAGAAGUUCCUUCACCUACAGCUAGCCAAAAAAGACUAGUAUCUAAAUGCGGUUGCCGUAAUAAUUGCAUGCUGCAGUUUACCAAGGUUGAGCGGAAUAGAUUGCUGGAGUAUUCAAAGGAAUUGGACCAAAAGAAAUUGUUAGAAAGCUAUCUUGUGAAUUUAAUGGAAUGCAAGAAAAUCAAAAGAACUCCUCAGGAAAUAGAAAACAGUAAAAAACUUAAAGAAGUGUGUUAUAGUUAUACGGUUAAAUUUGAUACAAAAGAAGUUAACGUAUGUAAAGGUGGAUUUUGUCUAUUACAUGGGCUAAAACUGGGACGAGUUAGUCAGCUGCAAAAUAGAGUGAAAACUGGAAUGAAGCUACCUAAGCAAAUGGAUAUGAAAGACUUCCCUCCAAUUAUUUCUGAAGAAGAAAGGAAAUUGAGACAAGAAAUUGAAGCAAAAAAGGCUGCCAAAAAGUCAUCACCUAAAAAAAAACAACCACAAUCACCUGCUCAAUCUCUUCCAAAGAAAGUUUGGGUUUCUAGUGAAGAACAAAUACGAAGAAUGGAAAAAGAAUUGAAUGGAAAUAUUGAUAAAUCUUGUGCCGCUCUUCCAAAAGUUCUUUUGGAAAAGAUUGAUGUAAAAAUGCUUCAAAAGAAUUCAGUUUUAUUAGAUGACAAAGAUUUGAAUUCAGUACCUGCAGUAGAAAAACCAACUCCAGAAAAGCAACCAGAAGAUACAAAACCGUCCAUGGCUGAAGAGAAAAAAACUGUAAAAUUAAAAGAUUUUCCUUUGGUUGUAAAAGCUGUGGAAGAUGCUCCACAGGAAUUGUUGGUUGAUGUACAUUUUUUGCUGUUUCUUACUAGUGCAGAUGAUGAUGAGGUGAAAAAAAACAUUCUUGAAUUUGAGGGAUUUUCUUUUGAUUCUGAUACAGAAGAAUAUGAUGAAAGAAAUGAGUUUUUGCAGAGGAUGACUUUUAAAAUUGUUUGUGAUGUUGCGAGGACAUUUUCUUUAGCUGUUAUGAAUACUAAAGAAGAAACAGUAAAAAAUAUUUUGAAAUUUUUGUCAAAGCCAGAUGAAAGUUUUUUGACAACUACAGUGUCUAUGCCUUUGAGUUUAUCUGAUGUUGAACUCGAUGAUCUUGGUGAUUUGUCUGAUUCUGAUGCUUCCAUAACCUGUGAAGUAGUUGAAAAGAAAGUUGAGUGCAUUGAUUUGUUAUCAUCUGGCGAAGAUAGUGAUGGAGAAGGCAAAUCAAAAUCAAAGUCUCCUAAGAAAUCUGCAACUUCAACUACUUCAAAACCUAGCACUUCUACAAUUGUUCAAACAACAGUUGUGUCAUCAAUAACUCAAGUCACCCCUACAACUACAACUGCUACUACUUCUACUGUUUCUCAGUCUAACAAUAAUACGAGUGGUAAAACAAGGUGUUUGAGAGAUUUUGAAACAAUUGGUAAAAUUGUGAAUACUCAUCCUCAUGAGUAUCUAGUGGAUAUAUUUGAACUCCUAUACUUAAAGAAGCAUGAUCCUGCUACACUCAGAGAUGACAUACUGAAUUUUACUGGAUUUACUUUUGAAAUGAAAUCUCCUGAAUACAUAAAACGUAAACAACUUCUAGACAGAAUGUUAUAUAACUCUGUACGAAGAAUAUACAAUACUUUAAUUCAUAAUACAACUGAAGUUAAAGUGUUUUCAAAGCCUACAAUGAUCACAGAAAUUUUUCAGUUCCUCUUCAAUUUACCAGACCAUGACACAAGUGUUCGUCCGCCACCUACUCCUAAACCAAUUACAAAGCCAAUAGCAUCAGCUGGAGCCAAACUUCCUACUCCGGGAAUAACUCCACCUGCAGGUUUAAACCUUCCCAAUCAAUCUGGGAAACUAAGUGAUUUAAAAAGAGUUUUCCAGAGAGUAGCAUGUUUUCCUUGUGAAUAUCUUACUGAUGUCCAUAAAUUGCUAUUUAUGACAGAAUGUGAUGCUAAGGUUAUUCGUCAAAAUAUUUUUGCCUUCAAAGGGUUUAAUUUUGAUGUUGAUUCACAAGAAUUCCAACAACGGAAAAUGUAUUUAGAAUACUUAACUUUUCAUAGUUUAAGAAAAAUUUCUAGUGUUUUAACUACUAGAUCUGUAGAUUUGAGAAAUUCUACAAAGCAUGAAUUGGCAACUCAUUUGACUCAAGUUCUUGCUGAAUAUACUAAAUUAAAAGUUGAUGAGGAUGUGUUGCCACCAGGGAUUGCCAAACCAACUAAUCAGACAGAGGUGACUAGUACAUCAUCCGUCUCUAGCACUACUCCUGUAGAAAAUAUUGUUGUUACACCAGCAAUUUAUCCGAAUGUUGAAAAUUCCUCAUCUGGAACAUCUUCCACUGCAAACACACCUGUUAACAGUCAAGCAGCUUCUACACCUCUUGCAAUUUCCAUUGUCGAUGCUCGCUCUGUCAGUCCUACCAAAAAUACCCCAUCUUCCAAGCAAAAGAGGAAGAGGAAAUCAACUCCGACCAAGCAAGCAAAACAAAAAGCAUCAGAACCAGCCACUUCAUUUGCAGAUGUUAACUUACCAGAAGUUGAACAAUAUAAAAAGCUGUAUGGUCAAAAUCUGAAUGCAUAUCAAGCUCCUAUUACUGGAAUAGCUGUUGUUCCUGUUGUCAGUAAUUAUAAUCAACCUAUUGCAAUCCAAGGAAUGCAACAACCCAGUCAGUUAAUUAUACCACAAACCAUUGCUCCUACAAUAGUUACCCAAGUUACAAAGACUGAAGUAAUUGUUCCUGAAAAAAAUGCUGAUUCUGAGGAGCCAUCUGCAAAAAGAACAAAAAAUAAAAGUGAAAAAUCGGAAGAAAAUACAACUUUUCAAACUAAAAUUAGAGAUGCUGCGACUGAAGAUGAAGAUUGUGAUAAACCUUUGGCAUCUUUAGUGGGUCAUCCUAUAGAUAGUGUUUUAAAGAAGCAUAUUGUAGAUAUUGUAGAACAAAGUGAUCUUGAAAGCAUUACCAUUAAUGGAGUCAUUCAAAAGAUUUUCAACAUGUAUCCCAAAUUCGAUUUGUCAUAUAGGAAGGAAUUCAUUAAACAAACUUUAAGAUCUAUCCUUUAUAGACUAGGAGAAGAAAAGAAUUCAUCCAAGGAAGUAGAGAAAAGGGAUACAGACAGUCCUGACUGUUGUGUAACCACCACUGAUAAUAGUGAGAACAUAUCUGAAAGUGCAAUGGAGUGCUGCUAAAUAUCAAACUCAUCAUUUUCAUACAUUUUCAAGAUCUCAUUUUUCGUGAACUGAUCCAUUCCUGCCAUGUAUUUUUACUUCAUUCAUCAAUGUUGCUAUUCUAAGAUGCUGUACUCUUUUAAUGAAUCUUAUUUUUAAUUCAAAAACAGCUCAUAAGUACCAUUUUGUUUUAGUGCACUGCAAAAAGGAGUUUUUCUCGGGGCGAAAAUAUUUUUAAUAAUAUGAUUUACAUUGAAAAUUUAAUACCUUUCGUUUCAACUUGUGGGUAAUUUGAAAAUUUGUUUGACAUUUGUCAUUUUGCCAAAUUAUUUUUGUAUUUUAAUUUAUUGGACUUAGCUGCAGUUUGUUUCAUGAAUUUAAAAUGUCCUCAACCUCAGUUUUAAUUUGAUGCAGUGUUUUGUAUUUAAAAGAAGAAAAAAGUGUUUGUACUUUCUUAUUGCUGAGCAUUUUCCCAAUUAUUAAUUAGUGAGAAGUUUUUUUUUUUUUUUUUUUUUUUUAAAUUUUAUUAUUAUUAUUCUACUGUAUUGCUAAAAAAAUGUAGAGAGCGAAUAACUGUUUUCAUGUAUAAAAGUUUCUAUAAAAUUAAUUUUUCUUUUAAAAAAGAAAUAAUAUUAGUAUUUUAAUAUUUUUAAUUAAAGUGCAUUUUUAUAAAUUAUUAUUUGCUACAUUCCUUAAAAUUGGAAAGGAAAAUCCUGACAAUUUAUUGUUGUUUCUCACAAAACUGCCAUGAUUGGAACAGUUUGUAUUAUUUACAAAAUUUAUAAAUAAAGGUGCUAAACUUGAGAACACAGUCAAAUAAUGGAGCGAAAAAAAAAUUUGUAUAGUGGCAUUUUUUCUCAUAGUAAUGGAAAAUGAAAGAAUCUAACAUGCUUUUUCUUUCUCAGUUUCAAUUCUUCCAUAUUCCAUUGCAUUUUAUGGUGAUAAAUUUCUACUGGAUUAAAUCCUGUAAGCACUCAUGAUUUUGAACAAAUAAUUUUUUUGGUCAGAAAAAAAUUAAAUUUUAAGUGAAUAAACCAAAAUUUCUGUAUCUUAUUUAAUCUCGUAAAUAUUUCAUAAGCACCUAUAGAUGAAUCAUCUGCUUUUGAACUAAACAUGAAAAAUAGAGAAAAGAUAGUUUGUAGAGGGUUAAAUACUGAAUUUUAAAAUUUAUCAUACCAGCUAUGCACUUAAUUAUAUUCUACAAAUAAUUUUUCUGUUCAAACUAAUGAAAGAGAAUUAAAUCAAUUAUUAUUG